AUGUCACACGCACCUAGAAAUAGCUUCCUCGCUCCUGGCGUUUCUCGCUUCUCCCGUUCUGUUGUCUACUCCAAGAAGGCUCAGUACAAGCGUAAGCAAACUGCUGUUGCUGCUCCUGCCAAGACUGCUGCUGCUGAUAAGACUGUUGAAGUUAAGGGCGCCAAGAACGGUAACAACCGUGUCAUUCCUGCUCAAAAGGCUGCUCGCUUCUACCCCGCUGAGGAUGUUCCUCAACCCAAGGUCACUCGUAAGACCGCUAAGAAGACCGCUUUGCGUUCUUCUAUCACUCCUGGUACCGUUGUCAUCCUCUUGGCUGGUCGCUACCGUGGUAAGCGUGUUGUUGUCUUGAAGCAACUCGACUCUGGUCUCCUCCUUGUUACUGGUCCUUUCAAGGUCAACGGUGUCCCCUUGAGACGUGUCAACCAAGCCUACGUUAUUGCCACCUCCACCAAGAUUGAUAUGUCUGGUGUUAAGGUUGAUGAAAAGUUCAAUGACGCUUACUUCAAGAAGUCCGCUGCUAAGGCUGAAAAGGCCUUCCUUGAAGGUGAACAGAAGAAGGCCGCUUUCCCUGAAUCCAAGGCUGCCGAUCAAAAGGCUGUUGAUAAGGCUAUCCUCGAAGCUGUUGCUAAGACUCCUUUCCUUCGUCAAUAUUUGGCUUCUACUUUCGGUUUGACUAAGGGUCAAUUCCCCCAUGAUAUGAAAUUCUAA